GCGGAGUAAUUCGCGUUGGUAUCUAUCGAGUGCAUGCGCGCGGGUGCGUGCUACGGCUGCCGCCUGUCACUCAUUGUGCCGCGAACACGGGCAGCGACAAGGACCAAAAAAAUCCGUCCGGCAGCAGUUGUUGUCCCUGGAAAAGCUACCCGCCUGCCUCCCCCUCCCCUCCGCCGCCAGAGACCCCCUCGCUCGCUCAAAGUGCGUCCGCUCUUCAAGGAGAAUAUCUGUGACACAUUACAAUGCUUCAAAUACGGGACCUCAUCUGGGGAUUGCUGUCCGUCGCCUGUGCAGCCGCCAUCCAGGUGCAAAUCACCCCAACACAAGGAGAGAUCAGCGUGGGAGAGUCCAAAUUUUUCCUGUGUGAAGUGUCGGGAGAUGCUAAGGACAUCGACUGGUUCGCCCCCACUGGCGAGAAGAUCCUUCCCAACAGGCAAGACAUUUUCGUGACCCGCAACGAUGAGAGCACGUCGUCCCUCACCAUCUACCACGCCAACGGGGACCACGCCGGCAUCUACAAGUGUGUGGCCAAGAACGGGGACAAGGAGGCCCAGGCCACGGUCCAGGUCAAGGUCUUCCAGAAAAUCACCUUCACCAAUGCCCCACACUUGCAGGAGUUCAACGAAGGGGACGAUGCCGACAUCGUGUGCGAUGUGGAGAGCUCGCCGCCGGCCACCAUCAUCUGGAAGCACAAGGGCUCCAAGAUCCAGGUUGCCAAAGACGUGCGAUUCAAGAACCUUGAUAAUGGCCACCUGCAGAUCCGCAGCAUCAAGAAGACUGAUGAGGGCGCAUACACCUGUGAGGCUCGUGUCAUGGCCAGAGGAGAGAUCGACUUUAGGAGCAUCAAGGUUGUUGUUAACGUGCUUCCCACCAUCCGGGCCAGGCAGCCGGAGGUCAACGCCACGGCCGACGUCGGCAGCUCUGCUCUGCUGGCGUGUGACGCGGACGGCUUCCCGGAACCCACCGUCACCUGGACACACAACAACAUUGUCCUUGAGACGGGCGAUAAGUACGGCCUGAACGAGGACGGCUCCGAAUUGGUAAUAAAAGACGUCAGGAAGGUGGAUGAAGGCGAUUACGCUUGCAUCGCGAGGAACAAGGCGGGGGAGAAAGCCGAGGAAGUCAGCCUGAACGUGUUCGUGCAACCCAAGAUCACCUACCUGAGUAACCAGAGCGCCUCGGAGUACGAGGAGCAGGUCACCCUGACCUGCGAGGCGUCGGGUGACCCCACGCCCACCAUCUCCUGGAGCUUUGAAAACCGAGUGUUCACCGAAGGAGAGCAGGCUUCGUGGACGCGACCCGACACAUAUGAGAGCAUCGAUAGGAACAUCGUGGUGCGCAGCCACGCACGAGUGUCCUCUCUGACCUUGAAGAAUGUCCAGUUCACGUACGCCGGCCAGUAUUUCUGCACCGCCAGCAACUCCAUAGGCCAGGACAACCAGUACAUGAACCUGGAGGUCCGCUUUGCCCCAAAGAUCCUGGGCCCGGUGACGGUGUACACGUGGGAGGGGAACCCGGCCAAUAUCAGCUGUGAGGUGGAGGCUCAUCCCAGAGCUUCCGUGGUUUGGUUCAGAGACGGCAACCAGCUGCCCACAGCCAACACCAGCAGCUUGAUGAUAUACAACACACCGACCAUCAGCUACCUGGAGAUUAACCCUGACUCUCAGAAUGACUUUGGGAGCUACAACUGCACAGCAACCAACGUAAUGGGCACCGAGUCCAAAGAGUUCAUUCUGAUCCAAGCAGAGGUGCCGUCGUCGCCAGACAUCCAACAGGUGGAUCCUUUAUCGAGCACGGCCAUAGUGAAGUUUGCGGAGCCCGAGUCCAUAGGGGGAGUGCCCAUCAUCAAGUACAAGGUGCUGUGGCGUUUGCUCGGCCAGGCUUGGAAUGACAAGGAGUACCACGCUGAGGAGGGCAUGACCAAGAUCACCAUCGUCGGCCUGAAGCCGGAGACGGCGUACGAGGUCAAGAUGUCGGCCGUCAACGGCAAAGGCGAAGGCGAGAGCAGCACGGCCAGAACCUUCAAGACGGAGCCAGUCCGGGAACCCAGUGCCCCAAUACUGGAGUUCAAGGUCCAAAACAGGGGAAACUCUGUCAAGGUCAACUGGAUCAAGCAGGAUGAUGGUGGUUCCCCCAUUAAACACUACCUGGUCAGAUACAAGGCUAAGCACGUGUCUGACUGGAAACCGGAGAUCCGCAUCCCCCACGGCAGCGACUACGUGAUGCUGAACGGCCUGGACUGGAACACAGAGUACGAGGUGCACGUGGUGGCGGAGAAUCAGCAGGGCAAGUCCGAGCCCGGCGUCGUGUCCGUCAGAACGGCCUCGGAGCCCACCACCAUCCCAGGCACCUCGGACGGGGGCUCGGGCCUGGGCACCGGCGCCAUCGUGGGCAUCCUCAUCGUGGUCUUCUUCCUGCUGCUGGUGGGCAUCGACGUCACCUGCUACUUCCUCAACAAGUGCGGCCUCCUCAUGUGCAUCGCCGUGAACUUCUGCGGGAAGGCCGGCCCGGGUGCCAAGAGCAAGGACAUGGAGGAGGGCAAGGCGGCGUUCACGAAAGAUGAGUCCAAGGAGCCCAUCGUCGAGGUGAGAACCGAGGAGGAGCACACCCCGAACCAGGGCGGCGGCGCCACUGAGCCCAACGAGACGACGCCUCUGACUGAGCCUGAGCCUGCUGCCGCAGACACCACCUCCACCGUGGUGAACUUCCCCUCCACUGCCACUAACUCAGUCGCUGAGAGCUUUAGCACGGCACAGAGCAGUCCUGCUAGCGAGAGCACCAGUGUAACCACCAGCUCCACCAAAGCGGCCCCCGCCGGGGCCUCCCCGCAAAACAGCCCCGUCGGCCAGACCAAUUCGCUUAAAGCCAACGCCCAACCCGACAUUGGGCCCUUGGUCGACCUGAGCGAAGCUCCUAAAGAUCCCUCUUUAUCCAAGCCGACGCUCGCAGCCCCAGAGGCAGUGGGCCCACCUUCUGCUAAUGAAGAUGGGCCACAGAGCCAGUGCGACCCGGCCAAAGCCCCUGACAGCAUCCACAGUAAGGACUUAGAAGUAGACGGUCCCACCAAGGAUGUCCCCACAGAAUCAGCCACACCGGCCCAAAAUGACGGUAAGACGGUGAAGGAUGAUAAGACUAAAGGCGAGACCGAAGCGAAGAACGCCACGACGGAGGUGAAGACGGUUCCCAACGAGGCCCCGCAGUCGAACGGCAACGAGAGCAAGGCGUAAAGGCUCCGUGGCGCCGGGGGGAGGAGGGAGGCUGGUCGGGUGGGUGGGGGGGGGGUUAAGGUUAAAAGCGGAGGGGGGUGGGGGUCGUAGUCACUGAAACCUCAACGCAACGUCACGUACCACCCGGUCGCUCAGAAUAAAAAAAAAAUACAAAAACGAAAGAAAAAGGAAACCAUGGGUCUCGUUCUACAGUGUCUUCUGACCAGGGAAAUGUAAAGACCUCAUGCACAUGCCUUAUUUCCUGUUAUCUCUGAUUUCUGUUUAUUUCACAUGGGGGGGAAAAAGCAGCAUUCAUCUUGUAGCUCGCCCUAUUUCUUGUAUGUAAUAUGAUUGAUCGUCUGAACUACUCUCCUGUAGAAGCCACCGUUGGAGUAUAGCUUUACUUCACUGAUUACUGCCUUCUCAAUGUACACACACGUAAGACUGGUGCAUUACCAAUACUACUAUUCUUUAUGCAGUAUCGCCAUCAUCACAGUAAAGGAUCGUUUUGUCUUUUUCCUUUUGUCUAUAUUUUAUUGCGUUUGAAUAAUGUGCCGACGUUUAGCUUUUUUAAUGCGUUGUUCUCUGGGCUAGAGAGUAAAGGUUAGCAUGCCGGUCUCUGCAGACCUUACUGUGUCUCCGUUCACAUUACUGUCAUCGGGGUCCUCCGUAGAUGUUGAUUUGUUUUUAAUGUUCUGGUCCAGAAGCCCUGUAGCCUGUACGAAGAUGGGCUUCAACCUGUUCUCCUUAAACCCUGCUCCUGUACGUCCACACAGGUGGAAAUAGGAAGAUGAAAUAGAAAAUACCGUGGGGAUGAGGGUCUUUAUGAGCAUUUUGAAUCAUUAAAGACUUCUUAAAGUGAAUGACAUUUGGUUUCUUUCUAAAGAUGCAUAGGAUACAGGGUUGGGUUAUGGAUAUAUUUACUCUUCGAAGUCCAACUGUGUCUCAUUCUUACAUGGUCGCAGUCUUCAUCAUUUGACAUCCAUCCGUGUGCCCCUCAUCCUGUCCUCAUCCUGUGACCACAGUGUUCCACGCCGUGGACUAAUGAAGCAGGACGUGGGUGUUGGGGGCCAUGAUGAAAGUCUCGAUGCUAGCGAUAGCGACGUAAUGGGAUGAGGAUCGUUCACCUGCAGCGUUUACCCACCACACACGUGCCUGAACUAUAAACCACUCCAGGCAAAUUUGUCUUUGUAAUUUUGACCUUAGCAGGCGUCAGGGACCACCCAUUAGUUCUGAUCUCUGCGAAGCUGCCACUGGCAAUUAAUGGUGAUGAUAGUUUGAUUUAAUAAGGCCAUUAGUGGAAACACACCAUUCAAAGGAAAGGACACAUUUAGUGGGACGCGCGUUAGUGCGUCGCUAAUAUUUGCUCAUGUCUUACUGUAGGUAAAUGCAAAGCAGAUGUUUCUUUCUCCCUCUCAUGGACACACAACGAUGCAGAGGUUGUUUUUUUUAACUGACAGAUUGUAGCUUAAAUGUUGACCACGUGUUUUGUCCAAGUCAUUUGAAUGAGCAGGUUCGAACCGAGGCAUAGAUGUGUUAAAAUAAACAUUCCCUUUAGCUUUAGCAGGUUUCUUACCAGUUGCCGACUGGUAAAUAUAAAUAAAUAAAUAAAUAAAUAAAUGAGACUUGAUCAGACACUAAACCGGCUGAUAUUCUAGUCCUGCGUGUAGCAAAAACACUGCCAUGAAUCAACCAAGGUUUGUCCAUUCGUCCCCAGCAGCUUGUGUUUGCUGCAGCCUAACAGGCUCAUUUGAGCGUCACCAGCAUCAACCUGUGGCAUCGACGUGAGUCUGCGCCCGGCCGCUUCCACGUAGCACGUAGCAGGCAUUAUCACUGAUAAACGCCUGCGUUCCAGUCAAAGCAGACCAGUUGAGGUCAUCCAGUCGACUCUGUGCCCGUGGGCGUUUGUGAUCUUUGCGGCCUGUCGAUAUUUUAGCUCAUGCAUUGGACAAAAAUCUGACGCAGCCUAAUUGGUUUCCCUAAAUGAACGUCCACACACAGCAGCAGCUUCAGCGGCCUUUUGUCAGCAAAACAAAACCCAACGAGGUUUAACUUCGGUCUCGUCUCCUAACCUAGAAUGUAAUUGCUCUUGUUGUGCAUUGAAAGUCAAUGAAAGGCUCUUGAUUCGAUCGGCAGAAACGCAUCCGUCGGCCUCUUUGUACAGAGUUCCCUCCACUGUAGACUCAAAGCUAGCUCCCUGUGAAUGUGCGAGUCCCUUGUGCCCGUUGUCGUAGCGUCGAGCCAAUAGUUGGAGUGUGAGAUGUAGCUGAUAGCGUGCCACACAGUUCCCCCAUGCCAAUGUACAGACGUCUGACGGCAGCAAACUGGAAAGACACAGUGCCUUUGAGAGAGGAAAUGGUGGCAUUCGUUCAUUCCAUCACUCCGUUCAACACCUCACGUUUCUCGUAAACUAACAAUGCUUUGUUUCCGUCGUCUCGUGUUUGCUGAGUGGCUGCUUGGGUUCUUUACACUGUCCUGUGCACCACCGUCCCGGUUUCUAAUGGCUAAUGUCCUCACAGUAACUGUUUUCCUAGGAUUCUCACCUGUUACAGCGCACCAACGCAUACAGCGCUAUUGGAACUAACACAACACCCAGCAAAGCUUCAUGUAAAAGUAGAGGACGCCAAUUCACUUUGCUCAGGUCCCGUCAUCUCGGAAAUAAACGAAUGGUCUAAAAAGUUGAAUUAGUCAGAAGCAAGCAUGCAAAAUGUUUUAGAAUUGGAUUUUAUCACAGUUUUUAAUGAUGAUGAUGAAAAACAAAGAUGAAGGUUGUAUGUACUGGUCUCUUUUCAAGUGCUGUGUAACUUGCUCCCAAUGUUUUGUUUUUUUUUAUGAUGUUUGCUUCAAAAGAGAACUGUUUCUGCUUCACAAAGCUCUGAAGUGUAAUAAAAAGUGAGAGGUGUCACGAGAAAACGUUGCCGUUUCUGUUGAAACAUAUUGAAGACGUAGAAAACAGGCCGUGCGCGUUUUUGUUCUGUGGAGAAACCAGCUGAACCUUCGCCGGCGUCUCGGAUGCGCUGCUUUGUGUGAGCUCCUGCUAAACCUUGUUUUCUGUCUCACGCUGCGUUUGUGGAGAGCGUGACCCCCUUGUUGAGGUUCCGCAACAGUGCAGGAAUGUCACAAAGGCGUCCUUGAGUGUUUCUCUUUGAGUUCGCAGCUCGAUUCAGUCAGAAUAAUGACAACUUAGCGGAGUUUGUCACCUUCCUAAAAGAAACAGUAAACAGAAAAAAGGAAGACUUGACCUCUACCUACCAUGGGUCAGGCCUGGCUCAUAGCUAAUAAUGGAGGACGCCUCAUUCCACAUUCUAUUGGACACAUCUCAUACGUUUAGGCAGCAACAAAGCAAAUCUCGGAGCACUUAGCAUAGCACAGCUAUGCAGCAGAUUUUACUCCACACGCUUUAUUUGAUGGGCCAGCGCUUCUCUGUCUCUGUCACCGAAAACUGUCACUGGAAAACGAGAAAAAAAAGUUUGACUUUGCCCUCUUUGUGUUGAAUAAAGUUCAAGAAAAAUACAAA